AUGUUUGCGAGCGGUCGGCGAGCCCGAAGCACCAGACAAGGUGCACAAGCCGGGCUUGCCAGGGGGCCCGGUGUCAGCCCCGACCCGAUGCGCAGCAAUCGAGUGGUCGCAACCGAUAGCGGACACCACCCUGAAGCCGACAGCUCCACGGGUCCCGGAGAAAGAAACGGUGGGGCCGGCGGGCCCGAAGUACCAGGUAUGGCGCGCGGGCCGGCGCCUGCCAGGAGGGCGCGGUGUCAGCCCCCGAGUCGAUGUCGGGCAACCCACUCGUCGCGACCGAAGGCAGGCACCACGCUAAAGCCAACCCCUUCCCUGGCUCAGGAGAAAGGAGACGACGUGGUCGGCAAGGAGGAAGCACUAGGCAUAUGUUUCAUCGGGCCGAUACGUCUCGGCCCGAUUACAAAAGGGUCUAUAUCCGUGUGA